AUGUGCCGGUCACGCUGCCUCGCGCCGUUUCUCCCACUGGUGCUGCUCCUGCUGCUGUUGGCGAUACACUGUGCCGGUGGGUGUCUUGCUGCCGCUCCCGCCCUGAGGCACCGCUGCAACUUCGAUGAAGUGAUGCGGAAGAACGGCCCACUGCCGAUGGUGGUGGUGCGUGAGGUGCCGCGCAAGCGACAGGGCACGAUGCAGGCGUACACCGCCACCACAAAGGAAGAUGAAGGUGACUGGAAGCCCAUCCGCAUCAGGGCUUUCGUUGUUGGUCUGAACGACACUAGCAUGACCUGCAUGAAAGCGGGGAAUGUGGUUUGGGCCUACGGUGGAAAGACGAAAUGUGAAGAGACGCACGUGUUGACGGAUGCGAAGAGAAAGAUCCUUGAAGAUUCUCUUCUUCCCAGAGCCAUCAAGCUGCAUACCGACCGACUCCUUGUCAAACCCAUAAAUGGCAAAUUGAUUGUGCCAAGUGAGUUGUGUCUGUUGCUGAAACGGAGACAUGUGCCCAAGGAGCACAUGACGGAGGGCGUGCCCGACGCCGAUAUGGUUCUGUACGUUUUUGCGGGGCCAGCGAGUGGAGCCAUUGCAUGGGCUUCCUCGUGUGCUCUACUGCACGAUGGUCGGCCGUUUGUCGGUGUUGUGAACGUUGAUCCCCAGUACAUAGACGGAGAGUCUGUCGAUCGUGUUGUUGCACAUGAGAUUGCGCAUGCUCUUGGAUUUGAUUUUCGAAACCUGCAAAGGAGGGGCCUUGUGUCCUCCAAGUAUGGCGUGCGUGGGAAGCCCUCGGUGAUGAUGGUGACUGGACACAACGUUAAGGAGAAGGCGGCAGCGCACUUCAACUGCGAUUUGCUCGAGGGCAUGGAGCUGGAGGACCACCCCUUGAAGAGCGCGGGAUCCCACUGGGAGCGACGCAAUGCGCUGGGCGAACUGAUGGCUCCCGGGUUCGGCGUCGGUCGCUACACGAUACUGACGAUGGCGGCGUUUGAGGACCUCGGCUACUACAAGGCUGUGUGGGGUAUGGCGGAGCCGAUGUCGUGGGGCAACAACUCUGGCUGCGAGUUUCUGGAGAAGAAGUGCACGGAGAUCAACAACCCUGCCACUGCCUACCCUCACAUGUUAUGCGAUGCCUCCGACAACGCGACGCUUCGCUGCUCAACUGAACGCCACUACGUCGGGAGGUGCACCGGGAAUGUUGUGGAUGGCCCACCGAGCGCAAGGGACAAGUGCCCCGUCGUCUCGUCGCUUUAUACUUCAUCCAAGAAUGGGGGUUCAGUUCUCAGCAGGUGCUCGGAUGGGAGCGUUGCGUCUCUCCCGGGGUCGCUGACUGGC